AUGCCACGACUAAACCUCGAUUGCGUUUUGGAAAUUUUAGAAUGUUCAGAUCAUAAUACUUUAUAUAAAUUUUCAUUUAUAAAUCGUGAUUAUUCCAAAGAGGCAGUAAGAAUUUUAUGGAGGGACGUUUGGAUUCGUGCUGAUUUAAAUAAUGAUUUAUCAAAUAUUCUCAUUACCCUGAUUGCUUGCCUUCCCGACGAUUCGAAAGAAUAUUUUUAUGAAAAAUAUAAUGAAAUAUCCAAGACAAAAAGUCCAUGGCAUAAAUAUGCAUCGUAUUGCAAAGUCCUUAAUAUUCGUAUAAUCAAGCAAGCGAUCAAAAAUUUUGAAAAAGAAUUCGAUAAUGGAUAUUUAUUAUCAGAAUUAUUAAAAAUGUUUAUGAAUGAGGUCGGAUCCUUGAAAUCACUAGAAUGUUCAAAUGAGGAUCAAUUCAGCAGUUACCCUGGAGCAAAACAUUGCUUAAAAAAUCUCUCAGAGUUGAAAUUAUAUGGCACGGUUAUCAAUCAAGAAUUUUUUAAACAACUAUCUAAAUCGUGUCGUAAUAUUAAAACAUUAGAUGUAAAUUUUUUUGAAAAUAUUUAUAACGAUUUGGCAGAACUUAUUUCUAAACAAGAAAAUUUGACCUGCGUGAAAUUAUUUCAAAACUAUGGUUGUAUAGUUGAGACUGUAUUGAUACAAGCAUUAUCAAAGCAAACUACGAUAGAAAUAUUAGAGAUUAAUUCAUCGUCAAAUAACGAUUAUGUACCAAAUUUAUCAUUUAUAAAAAAGUUCAAAAAUUUACGAGAACUUUGUUUAUACUUUUCUUCAAAAAAAGCUUUUAAGGGAUUUGAUGAAUUACAAGUUUUUCGUCAACUAAAAGUUUUAAAAGUUCCAAGUUCACUUCCAGAAAAUAAUGACUUAAUUAAAUUUUUAAAUACCAAUGGUAAUACUUUAGAAGAAUUACAUAUAGCUAAGGAUGAAGUUGAUUCUGAAAUAUCUAAAAUUUGUUCAGAUCAAUCUAUUAGAAUUAUUAAAAGCUGA